AUGCAGAUGCACAAAGGAGCACGCACAUCAGAGCGCCUGCGUGCACGUCAUGCACUUCUCUUAAAAUUACAGUACAAAAGUAAACUACUUUUCUCCCCAUCCACACCACAACAAGUCCACCACUACCCCACCACAGUCACGGCCCGCCCCCACACCGAAGCGCGACGUGCGCUCCCGCCGCAGCCAUGCCGCUCUCGCGCUCCCUCACCUCGCUCUCGCUAG